CCGCUCAGCCUCUUCCGUGUGGAGACUCAAGUCUGCCAAACCGCUCCCCACAACCAAACAACAACAACACAACAACAACAACAUGACCACCGCCGCUCAGCCCAUUUUCUCAAAAGGAGAGGACUGCAAGGCCUCCUGGCACGACGCGAGCGCCGGUUACAAUGAGGCCGACACGCACCUGGAGAUCAUGGGAAAACCCGUGAUGGAGCGCUGGGAGACCCCUUACAUGCACUCCCUGGCCACUGUUGCGGCCUCCAAAGGCGGUCGGGUUCUGGAGAUUGGUUUUGGCAUGGCUAUCGCUGCCACAAAAGUGGAAUCUUUCCCCAUCGAGGAGCACUGGAUCAUCGAGUGCAACGACGGCGUCUUCGCACGUUUGGAGAACUGGGCCAAGUCUCAGCCGCAUAAGGUCGUCCCUCUGAAGGGCCUGUGGGAGAACGUUGUCCCCACCCUGCCAGAUGGACACUUCGAUGGUAUCCUGUAUGACACAUACCCGCUGUCAGAGGACACAUGGCACACACACCAGUUUGACUUCAUCAAGGGUCACGCUCACAGGCUGCUGAAGCCCGGCGGCGUCCUCACCUACUGCAACCUGACCUCCUGGGGCGAGCUGCUCAAGUCCAAAUACGACAACAUUGAGAAAAUGUUCGAGGAGACCCAGGUGCCUCAUCUGCUCCAAGCUGGCUUCAAGAAGGACAAGAUUAGCACCACCACCAUGGACAUCGUACCGCCCACUGAAUGUAAAUACUAUUCCUUCAAGAAGAUGAUCACCCCCACCAUUGUGAAAGAGUAAAGUCCGAAGACACUCUGCAACCUUUUUUUUUUUACUCUAAUGUGCCUUUUAUCGUGACCCUCGUCCAUUUAUUUCACUCUGCAAAGUUUCAAUAAACCCAGUUUAAAGA